CUAUUGCGAUUGAAUACCUGUAGCAACAUUAAAAACAUUGUUAGUUGUACAUUUUUUAUUUACAAACACACAACCCAAACAAUAACCGUGUCAUUUCGAAAAUGUCUUUAUGUGCUUCAUUCAAUCGAUAACUUUUAGACAUGAAUUUCAUACCAGUGAGGAAGAUUUUAAAGUGUCUAGGAAUUUACAAAAAAAGAGACAGAACACCGAUAUCUCUACAUAGCUAUAUAGAUAGUGUGCCGCAAAGAAAUGAAUAUACGAACAGACGAUGGAUUAUGCUUCUAUUCAUAAUAUCCGGAAUUCUACUUUUAAUUUCACAGUACAGAGCGUUACCAAAACAAACGUUUACUGAAGUACCUGAGAAAAUAGUUAAUAUUGAUGAAUUUGAAGCAAUUUAUAAAGACGAUAAUAAUUAUUCUGUUAUUAGACGUAUGGUUGAAGUGAAUACGUCUACUGUACAAGAUAUAAUGCUAUCCACAACUGUGAAAGACAUACUGAGUAGGGAUGAAAAUAUAUUUGUACAAACAAAAAAAGCACAGGAAUUAAGAAAACAAGAACAAACAAAUGGACAUUUGCCAUUUUGCUUUCACAAAAUUCACUCGAAUCACAGCGCGAAUUUAGAAUCCGAGGAACUUCACAAACAGCUCUCUGUUAUCAAACCUGGUGGAUAUUACUACCCAAAAAAUUGUCGUUCCAGGCAUAAAGUGGCUAUUCUGGUGCCGUACAGAGACAGGGAAACGAAUUUAGCUGUGUUCGUUUUCAAAAUUCACCCCUUCUUGAUGAGGCAGAAUUUGGAGUACCGUAUAUUUGUUAUAGAACAAGCCGGCAACCAAAGCUUCAAUCGAGGAUGCCUCUUUAACGUUGGCUUCAAAGAGAUAUUCAAAUAUAACAAUUGGCAAUGUGUGGUAUUCCACGAUGUAGACCUGAUACCUCUUGAUGACCGCAUACUGUACACAUGUCCAUCUUUUCCGAGGCAUAUGUGCGGCACUGUCGUGCAGAAGGAGAACCUGCCAUAUUACAAAUACCACACGCUUUUCGGUGGAGUAUCCUCGAUGAGCGUGAGACAUUUCGAGGCAGUGAAUGGUUUCGCCAAUGUGUACUGGGGAUGGGGAGGGGAAGACAACGAUUUGUUUUGGAGGAUUCACGCUGCAAAGCUUCCUAUUGUGAGAUACAACAAGACUUUGGCACGUUACACGUCGCUUCCGCACAUCAAGCAGCACGAAAAUCCAAACAGAUAUCGACUUUUAAGCAAUGGAGCUGAAAGAUGUAAAAUUGACGGGUUGUCUAAUUUAGUUUAUACAGUCAUAUUAGUAACAGAAAAUCAUCUUUACACUCGUAUACUAGUAGAUAUUGAUCGAAUGAAAAAUAUAACAGAUACAUUUUAAAUCAAUGAUAAUAUUGCGAUCUUCGAUUGUGUCAUAGAUAAACAUUUAAGUUCAAAUAAAAUUUACGAUAAGCUGCACAACAAUUGACACUAUGGCUAUUGCAUAAUAUAUGUUAGUAUUUACCACGUUAUGUAAGUGAUGUAAAAAAAAACAUGUUAAAUAAACUAAACAUAUA